AUGUUUGGCCAAGCAAAUACAGCAUCUCAAUCCAAUAGUAUAUUUGGUGCAAAACCAGCGGGCUCAUCAACUUUUUCAUUUGGCCAAUCAAAUAAUCAACAACAAAAUAAUACCGCAUCUAAUAAUAAUACAUUUUCAUUUGGUGGCAAUAGUAAUAAUGCUAUAAAUAAUAACUCUGCUCCAAGCAAUUCUCUAUUUGGUGCUCAAAAUCAAACAAAUACAACUAACACAAGCGGUGGCCUAUUUGGAUCUCAAGCAAACACGUCAAACACAGGCGGUGGCUUAUUUGGAUCCCAAUCAAAUACAACAAACGUAAGUGGCGGAUUAUUUGGUAACAAACCUUUAGGUUCAACUCUUGGUACUUCAACUACAACUCAACAACCAACAACAUCUAACAGUUUGUUUGGCAAUUCAAACACAUCUCAACAAACAAACACAUCUAAUUCAUUGUUCGGCAGUAAACCAACAAUUGGAGGUGCUACUACAACAUCUUCUACAUUAGGAGGUGGUGGAUUAUUUGGCUCAACCCAGAAUAAUUCGACAGGAGGAUUUAGCUCGGGAGGUUUAUUCGGUAACAAACCAGCAACUACAACAGGUGGAGGUCUUUUUGGAAGUUCUACUCAAAAUACGUCUACACUGGGGGGCAAUACUGGACUAUUUGGCCAACAACAACAGCCACAACAGCCACAACAACAACAACAACCCUCUUUAUUUGACGGAAAUACUGUAUCAUCUUCGAAGCCUUCCUUCGCCUGGUCAAAUCAACAAGGUUCACAAAACAUUUUACAGCAACAACAGCAACAGAAUAGUUUGGUUGCACAACAACAGCAAAGACAAUUGGUACAACAACAAUUAGCACAACAACAACAUUCAAAUUAUGCUCAACAAAUUCAAGAGCAAUUGAUCAAGUGUAAAGAAUCUUGGGAUCCAACUUCAAGUAAAUUAAAAUUAAGAUCUUUUGUUUAUAACAAAGUAACUGAGACCGAAGCAUUAUUGUAUAAUAAACCACCAAAUGUUUCACAAGAAGAAUGGAAUCAAGCUUUAGAAGGUAAACCAAAGACUAAUAAUUUUAUUCCAAUUCAAAUUCUAGGUUUUGAAGACUUAAAUAAAAGAAAUCAAUUACAGAGAGAAAAUGUCGCCCAAUGCCGUACAAUUUUAAAUCAAUUAUUGGAAAAGACAACACAAUUACAACAAAAGCAUGAAUUAGAUACUGCUGCAAGAAUUUUGAAAGCUCAAUCAAGAAAUAUUGAAAUUGAAAGAAGAAUAUUGAGAUUAGGUAGUCAAAUAGCAAUUUUAAAAAGUAGGGGCCUACCUUUGAGCAUCUCUGAAGAAAAAUUAUGGACUCAAUUUCAAACUUUACUAGACCGCAGUAGAGAUCCAGCAGGGUUGGGUAAAACAAAUGAAUUAUGGGCAAGACUAGCAGUUUUGAAAGAGCGUACUAAGGCUAUAUCAGACCAAUUAGAUAGCACCUUGGUCAUUAUAAGUGAAAAUGGUGGGAACUCCACUUCCAGGCCUCUUAAGAACAAACAAACGGCAAACACUAAAUCUAAGGACACUAAUGGAGAAAGCGUGAGAGGGGUUGAUGAGGAAGUGGAAGACCGUGCGGAUAAGAUCGCUACAAUUUUAAGUAACCAACAGCGUGGUAUUAUAUAUUUAAAUGAGGUACUAGACAAGGAUAAAGCUUACAUAGAUAAUCUAAGGUAA